UCUCUCUCCCCCCCUCAGUCUGUCUCAUCAUUUGGUUCCUGCAUCUCUGCCAGUUACAACCCCUCUCUCUCUCUGUACAGGAUGGGGCUUCCGCAGCCUCUCCUGCGCUGUGUGCUAUGGGCAGCUAUAUUUACUGGGAUCACAGCACAAACACCUAAUUUUCUAGCAGUGGCGCCACGGAUCAUUCAUGUUGGGGUAGAAGAAUCAGUGGGAGUUCAGUUUGAGUGGCCCUCAGGUUCGUCACCUCCUGCUGGUGACAUUCAGGUGAAAUUGUACCUAAGGAACCAGCUGAAUAUGGUGAAAUGCUCAGAACAGAAAACCGUAAUACUGAACAGAGCGAACAAUUAUAUAAAGACAGAGAAACUGCAGAUCACUUUUCUUCAGGCAACUACCUGUAAGUUGGAUACUACAAAAGUCAACAGAUAUGUCCAACUAGCAGUAGAGAGCAGUGUUCUUGGUGGUAAAACGCGAGUUGUGUCCAUCCCUGUGUCAUACCAGAGGGGAUACCUGUUUAUACAGACGGAUAAGAGUAUAUACACUCCAAAGGAAAAAGUUCAAUAUAGAGUUUUUUGUCUGGACCACAUGAUGAGACCAAGUAAUGAAAACGUCAUUUUAUCUGUCUUUAAUGCCCAGGGAGUGCAGGUUAAAAGGAAUGAACAGUUUGCUGCUAACGCUAUGAUUCCAGGCAGUCUUCUGAUUCCAGAUAUAUCAACGCCUGGAACUUGGAAAAUCACUGCUCAGUAUAGCACAGCACCAGGAACAAAUUUUACUACUGAAUUUGAAGUAAAAAAAUAUGUUCUUCCAAAUUUUGAGGUGAAGAUUAUUCCAGACAUCCCAUAUUUCCUCAUCUCUAAAAACGAGUUAAGAUUCAGAGUUGAAGCCAGGUAUGUGUACGGGGAACCUGUAGAUGGUAUCGCCUAUGUACGAGUAGGAAUCAUAGACAAAGACGGGCAGAAAUCAAUGCUAAGAGGCCUGGAGCAGCAAGUGAAGUUGACAGAAGGAUCCAUGGAUAUAACAAUAACAAAAGCUAACAUUUCAGAGAAAAUUAAGCAGCCGUUGGAUAACUUAAUUGGAACCAACUUCUAUAUUGCAGCAAGUGUUGUGGAGAUAGCUUCUGGAGCUCUAGAGGAGAAAGAGUUGACUUCUGUAAAAAUUGUGGCUUCACCCUACAUUCUGGAUCUCUCCAAAACCAAGAAAUACUAUAUUCCUUCUACACCAGUGCAUAUUGUGGCGGAGGUAUCUCACGCUGAUGGAUCUCCUGCAAAAGGUGUUGAUGUCCGUUUCACAGGUUUAAAUGGAAAAGUGGAGACCAUUAAAUCCAAUGAUAAUGGAGUUGCAACCAUUCACCAUAACCUAAAUCAAGAUCCCAAAUCACUGGAGCUCACGGUUAGCGCAGGAACAAGUGAAGGUUCAGUGGUCGAGACGCUGCAUCUUCUUCCAUAUUCUUCUGCAACAAAAAGUUUCCUUCACAUGUCUGUACCAUAUCAGGUGCUGAGUCCUGGGGAGUCUGUCAGGGUCACAUUAAAGGCAGUGUCUGCAAAAGAAAAUGACGUCAAGAAGAUCUACUAUAUGGUGCUCAGUAAGGGGCAAAUUAUCUCCCUCAACUACAUCUCAAAAAGUGACUACAUAGAAUUACAUAUUCCUGUCACUUCCUCUAUGGUACCCUCUUUCCGUAUUGUCGCCUACUAUCACCUUCACUCAGAGAUCGUUGCCAACUCAGCUUGGGUGGAUGUCACAGAUGAAUGCGAGGGCAAGCUAACAUUGAGCCAUAAAGUGAAGGAUUACAUUGAACCAGGGCUAUCCUUCAGUUUGGACGUAGUAACAGAUGACAAGGCUUUUGUGUCACUAUCUGUGGUCGAUACUGCAGUAUAUAUCCUGAAUUCUAAGAACAAACUGACACUAGGCAAGAUGUUCAAAGCUAUGAAUUUAUAUGAUUUAGGGUGCUCCCCAGGUGGGGGAAAAGAUUACAAAAAUGUCUUCAUGGAUGCUGGACUUGCUUUUGUUUCCAAAGAUGAAUACAGUAACCUCAAUGGGUUUAGUUGCAAGGCCUCUCAACGGAAAAAGCGAAAUAUAGAAUUCAGUAUGCUCACUCAACAAAAAGUCAACUCUUAUCCCACUCGUGAGCUUCAGCGUUGCUGUGGAGAUGGCAUGACGCUAUUGCCUAGAAAGAUGAAAAGGACCUGUGUGCAAAGAGCGGUCCGUAUACCAUCACAGUCUUGCAAAGAGGCCUUCCGUACAUGUUGUGACUAUGCUGAGAAAUUGCGCUUAGAAAUAACUCUAAAAAAACGCAAAACUUCAGGACUGGGAAGAACUCAGGAAGUGGGCCAGGACGAUGAAGAUGACUUUGCCGAUGAAAACGAUAUUCAGUACCGUACAUAUUUUCCAGAGAGCUGGCUUUUUAAGACCGUGAAUGUGGAUAAAAAGGAAAGUAUUCAUCUUAAUGUCCCGGACUCAAUCACUACUUGGGAAAUACAGGGUAUAGGAAUGUCGGCUAGAAAAGGUUUCUGCAUUGCUGAACCAGUGAAACUAAAAGUAUUUAAACCAUUUCACAUCCACCUGCGAGUCCCAUACUCCAUUAAGAGGUUUGAACAGAUGGAAAUAAGGCCUGUAUUAUACAACUAUAAUGAUAAGCAGUUAAAGGUGAGAGUGGACAUGGAGCAAGCUGAAAGUAUCUGUAGCCCAGCCAAAGACAUUGAGGGCUCAGACGGCAUCAGACUUACUCUGCCAGCAAAUUCUGCUACUGCCGUUUCCUUUCCUGUGGUUCCCAUUGGGAAGUCUAGCCCAGUGAUAACUAUUGUAGCCCUGGGACAGAAUGGUAUUACUGACAGCAUCAGGAAACCCCUGAAGAUUGUGAGGGAGGGGACCCAAGUCCUUGAGGAAAAGACAUAUAUUGUGGAUCCCAAGGACCCGGCUAGAAGUAUCAUAACCAUUGAUGAUGAUUUACCUUCAAAUUUGAUCCCUGAUGAAGAUUUCCACUCCAGUGCUGGACUUACCUUGGAUAGUCCAUUAAACACUAUUAACAACAGCUUGGGUGCAGAAGGAAUCAGUAACCUAAUCCGUGUCCCAUCUGGUUGUGCUGAACAAACUAUGAUUCGAACAGCUCCAGGAGUCUAUGCUUUGCGGUAUCUUGACCAUACAGAGAAGUGGAUCAUGCUUCCACCAGAACGGAAAGACGAAGGAAUGGAGAAUAUGAAACAGGGCUAUAUGAGGAUUUUACAAUUCAGAAAGAAUGAUGGUUCAUAUGGUGCCUGGAUUGAACGAAGGAGCAGUACAUGGCUUACUGCCUUUGUUGUAAAAGUGUUAUCUCUUGCUCGCAAAUACAUUGGUGUGGACGUAGAAGACAUCCGUAUUUCAGCAAAGUAUCUCACCACCAUGCAGAAUACAGACGGAAGCUUCCGAGAGAUAUUAUCUGUAAUCCACACAGAUAUGAAGGGUGGUGUUGAUGGAGUAAAUGCUGGAAUCUCUCUCACGGCCUAUGUGACGAUCGCCCUCCAUCAUUCUUUGGAAUCUCUCUCUGAAAACUCUGAAGAAGUGAAGAAAAUUAUAAGUAAAGCAAAUGAAUAUCUGCGAAAUAACCUGGACUCCCUCUCUGAACCGUACCCACUUGCUAUCACUGCGUACGCACUCACUCUCACCUCUGUGGACUCAACACUUAAAGACAAAGCCUUUAGGUUGCUUAUGAAUAUUGGACAGGAAGACACAAAAAAGAGGGAGCUGUUUUUUGGCCCGAGAAACAGUGCUCUGGCUGUGGAGACCACGGCGUACGCCUUAUUGACCGCCCUGCUCCGUAAGGAGACAACGACUGCUAAAAUGAUGUACACCUGGUUAACAGAACAACAAAACUUUGGAGGAGGGUUCAAAUCAACCCAGGACACAGUGAUGGCGCUGGAAGCUAUGUCUGAGUAUUGGAUCACCACGUAUAAGGAAGAACAAACUGCCCUAGAAGUUCAAGUGCAGUCUCUAGAGAGGAAAAAGGACAGAACAUUUUUUCUGCGGAGUGAGGACAAUGUGCAGGAGCAACUGUCGUUGGGAACAAAAUUUAAUAUAAAGGUGUCUGGAAAAGGAAAAGCAACCCUGACAGUUCUAAAACAAUAUAAUGUUAUGCAGACUGAGAACUCAACUUGUAAUGAUCUUGGACUUGAGGUGAAAGUGAGUGGAGAUGACACUGCAACCAAAGACGACAAUGAUUAUAAUUAUGAUUACGGUGAUGACGGUGAGGGUGACAGUGCUGAUGAACCCAGAGGAGCCAUUGAAUGGCACGACCUGAGAAAGAGAGCACGGAGAGAGGUCUCUCAACCCAAAGAGAAGGAAGUGAAAGUUUCCUAUGAAGUGUGUAUAUGGAAGAAGCUUCAUGCUAAAGUUUCUGGAAUGGCUAUUGUGGAUAUCACUAUGCUGAGCGGAUUUGUACCCAACGCAGAGGAUCUGUACAAGCUGAAAAACAGUUCUGAAAGGUACAUCAGCCAUUAUGAGAUCCAGGCUGGAAGACUCCUGCUAUACUUUGAUGAGGUCUCAGAAAGCAAGGAAUGCAUAUCUUUUGAUGCAAUACAGACAGUGAGGAUCUCACUCCUACAGCCUGCAUCUGCAAUCUUAUAUGAUUUUUAUGAACCAGAGAGAAAAUGCAAUGUGUUCUAUGGUGCACCGUCCAAGUCAAACUUUAUUGACACCCUAUGCUCAAAGGAUGUUUGCCAGUGUGCUGAAGGCCUUUGCCCUAUAAAACGGCGCAGUAUGGAAUUAACUGAAAGUGAUCGUCAGACAUUUGCCUGCUACAGUCCUAGAGUAGUUUAUGGUUAUCACGUGCGGGUGGAGAACAUAAAAGAAGAGGAUGCUUUUGUGGUCUACAAAACCAAGAUUCUGGACGUCUUGCAGAAAAAUGCCGAUGAGAACAUUGAUAAAGAAAAAAUGCGCUUUUUCCUUCAGCGCAAGUCGUGCAAAUUACGUCUGGAGUUAAAGGAGUAUUUGAUCAUGGGACAGGACGGUCAGACUAAGGACGACAAAGGACAAAUAAGAUAUCUUCUAGAAGAUAAUUCAUGGAUAGAGGAAAUCUUAAGUCCCCCAAAAUGCGCCGCAACUCGCUUCAGGAAUAUGUGCUUGAGCAUCAAAACCUUCAUGGAAAACUAUAAAAGCGAUGGUUGUAUGGUAUAAACCAUCGUCAUCUCAUGUCAUUUAUUUUGCAAACCUUCUAAUUAGUCUGGUUUUCAUGAGUUCCACUAAUUAAAAUGAAACUUCAGUAUUGUAUUAAAAAUAAAUGUUUUUUGUAUGUUGCUAUGAAUUCCAGAAUAUAUUUCUAUUUGAGAAUUUGAACAUCUCUAAAUAUAAUCACAUUAAAAUGUUUGAAUUACUACA